CUCUCUCUCUCUCUCUGUCUUUUCUCUCUCUAAAUUUUGUUUGUUUCUCUUUCUAGAUUUCAGAUUUCACUAAUUUAUUUCAUCAGAGUUAGAGAAACUUUUCUAUAUUUAGCUUACUAGCUUAAAUACAUGCAGAUUUGAAGAAAGUGCCACACUUUACUGAUAAUGCCAGCAAAUUCUUGAGAGUGUUAAAGCCAAAGUUUAAAACUUUUUUCAAGAUUUGAGAGAGAGAGAGAAAGAGAAAGAGAUAAAAAUGGGGAAGCUUUUGUGGGUUAUGUUUGUUAUGGUAAGUGUUAUUGGGAAAUGGGCAACUGGGUUGGAACUGAAUGAGACUGAGCCAGAAAUACUGUACACUGGAGUUGCCAGUGAUGAAGGUUAUUUUAAUGAAUCCUUGGUUUUUAAUAAUGCUUUGAUGGUAGGACUUACUCUCAUUCGAAGUGCUGGUGCUAGAGGAGCUGUUUGUUUGGAUGGCACAUUGCCUGGCUAUCAUUUGCAUCGUGGAUAUGGUUCAGGAGCAAAUAGCUGGCUCAUUCAAUUGGAGGGUGGAGGAUGGUGUAAUAACAUUAGAAAUUGUGUUUACCGCAAAAAAACUCGGCGUGGUUCAUCGAAAUACAUGGAAAAGCAGUUGGCCUUUACGGGAAUCCUAAGCAAUAAGCCUCAAGAAAAUCCUGAUUUUUUCAACUGGAACAGAGUAAAACUCCGUUACUGUGAUGGUGCCUCUUUUUCUGGAGAUAAUGAAAAUAAGGCUGCACAGCUGCAAUUUAGAGGACAACGCAUAUGGUUAGCUGCAAUGCAAGAUUUAAUGUCAAAGGGAAUGCGUUAUGCCAACCAGGCUCUUCUUUCUGGGUGCUCUGCUGGGGGUUUGGCUUCUAUUUUACAUUGUGAUGAAUUUAGGAACUUAUUUCCCAGAAGAACUAGAGUCAAGUGCCUGAGUGAUGCUGGUUUAUUCCUUGACGCAGUUGAUGUUUCUGGUGGCCGCACCCUGAGGAAUAUGUACAGUGGUGUGGUGGGUUUGCAGGGGGUACAGAAUAACCUGCCUCGUAUAUGCACUAACCACCUUGAUCCAACUUCGUGCUUCUUCCCCCAGAACAUAAUCGGCAAUGUAAAAACUCCAUUGUUCAUUCUUAAUGCAGCCUACGAUUCAUGGCAGAUACAAUCAAGCUUAGCUCCACCAUCUGCCGAUCCCCAUGGCUAUUGGAAUGAAUGCAGAAAGAACCAUGCAAAAUGUUCUGCACCCCAGAUCCAAUUUCUGCAAGGAUUUAGAAAUCAAAUGCUGCGUGCAAUAAGAGGCUUCUCGAUGUCAAAACAAAAUGGAUUGUUUAUAAAUUCAUGUUUUGCUCACUGCCAAUCAGAGAGGCAGGAUACAUGGUUUGCCGAUGAUUCUCCUGUUAUUGGAAAUAAGGCAGUUGCAAUUGCUGUUGGAGAUUGGUAUUUUGAUCGGUCAGGAGUGAAGCUGAUCGAUUGCCCCUAUCCAUGUGACAACACCUGCCACAAUCUGGUUUUCAGAUGAACCAAAUUAUUUAAGCAAUAGGGUUAGCUUACAUAGUCAUCUUAUUUAAAGUUCCCUGAUAUAUCUUCCCAUUAUUAUUGGAAAAGAAACUCUGCAAUUCAAUGAAAAUUUACAUAAGACAAUAAGAACCAAGGUUGCUGAGAAAUGCAAAUUCAUUGGCAAGCCUUAAAGCAUUGUUGUAGCACUUCUUGUGCAUAGCAAGUUGCAGUAGUUUUUUGUUGUCUUCAAAAUAUCAAAUGGUAUUCUAUUUUAUUCUAUUUUCAGAGAAGUAUGAUAAAUCACUUUUAUUCUA